AUGUCCGUGAGUAAGCUGGGGGGAGCUGCUCAACGGCUUUUCGGCAGCAGUAGAAAUGCAGCCCUUGCAAGUCUCCAGGUCCAGCAGAACCGUACAAUUGUUCAUAACAGUUUGCUGAGACUCCCAGCUGAUUAUCCUGAUCCAUGGCCAUACAAAGAGAAGGGCUUCAACUACGUUAAUAACUUGGAGGAUCCUACUAGGAAGCAUUUCCAUCAAAAUUCUAAAUUAAUUGUUGUCGAAGGAAAUAUUGGUUCUGGAAAGUCCAAAUUAGCUAAGGAGCUCGCAGACCAAUUGGGCUUCCACCAUCUCCCAGAGUUCAAGAUGGACGACAUUCUGGUUGAUCGUUACGGAAACGAUUUGAGAAGUUUCUACAGCAAGUUCCCUGAAAGAUAUCGAAUUCCUGACAUCAAGAUGUUCUAUAGAAACCCACAUGGAAAACUGAGCGCAGCCAUGCAAGACAGAAUUUUCAAUUGCCGUUUCGAUCAGUAUUUGAAUGCUCUGGCUCAUAUUUUGAAUUCUGGUCAAGGAGUCGUUCUCGAGAGAUCUCCUUUCUCCGACUUUGUCUUCGCCAAUGCCAUGAGAGAGAAGAAUUACAUUGGACUUGAGUACUUCAAACAUUAUUACUAUGUACGUAAGAAUGCUCUUCCCCAGUUGCACUUCUGGCCUCAUCUCGUUAUCUAUCUCGAUGCACCAGCAAAGACUUGUCUUGAAAAUAUUAAGAGAAGAGGAAAUGUUGACGAAAUCGAAGUUGUAGACGAGAGAUAUUUGAAAGUCAUGGAGGAGUCUUUCAAAGACUCUUUGAAAGAAUACAAAGCUCAUUCAAAGAUUCUUGCUUAUGACUGGACCAAGCCCGGUGAUGCUGAUUCCGUGGUCGAAGAUAUCGAACGAUUGGACCUUGAUUUCUUCGAAUGGCACAGUGGAGAUGUAAUGGCAGAAUGGAACACAUUGGUCGAUGAAGUGGGAUGGGCUGGUUGGAGACAACACGUCACUAGCAAGCAUGAUGCUCGUAUUCAAGCUUUUGAUGGAAUUCUCACACACGAAGUAGGAGAGUUGUACACGAAUCCCAGAGACACAGGCCACUUCUUACAUGUCAUGAGAAAAGAGGUGUUGAAAUCUCCUUACGGAUACGGAUACAUCGCUGAGAACGGUGACCAUCAAGAUGGUCUUUCCAAUUGGCGAACUGGUCAUCACCUACCAGAGCCUUGGUAUGAAUAUUACUACAAAGAGGCGUACUAUGACGACUUGACAUCAUUGGAGACAUCGCAGGACUUUGAUUCCGACUCCUACGACCCCGAUUAUGUUCAUCAUCAUUAG